GUUGGAACUGUUUGGAUGAAAGGGAAGUAGUCGAGGAAGAAGUCAACUACGUUCAGCAGAAGAUCGAAAUGGCCGCGCCAGCAGAGAGGAUGGAGGUUUCUCAGGGGGAGAGUUCAGUCAAACCUGCAGCAGAGGACAUGACAUCAAAGGACUACUACUUUGACUCUUAUGCCCAUUUUGGAAUUCACGAGGAGAUGCUGAAAGACGAGGUUCGCACUUUGACUUACCGCAACUCCAUGUUCCACAACAAGCACUUGUUCAAGGACAAGGUGGUUCUGGAUGUUGGCAGUGGAACGGGCAUCCUCUGCAUGUUUGCAGCCAAAGCUGGAGCCAAGAAAGUCAUAGGGAUAGAGUGCAGUAGCAUUUCAGACUAUGCUGUGAAAAUUGUGAAGGCCAACAAUCUGGAUGAUGUUGUGACCAUCAUUAAGGGGAAGGUGGAGGAAGUGGAGCUGCCUGUGGAAGGAGUUGAUAUUAUCAUCUCGGAGUGGAUGGGAUACUGCCUCUUUUACGAGUCCAUGCUCAAUACAGUCAUUUAUGCCAGAGACAAAUGGCUGAAACCAGAUGGACUGAUUUUUCCAGACAGAGCCACACUAUAUGUCACUGCUAUUGAAGACAGGCAGUACAAAGAUUACAAAAUCCACUGGUGGGAGAAUGUGUACGGAUUUGACAUGUCCUGCAUCAAGGAGGUGGCAAUAAAGGAACCCCUGGUGGACGUGGUGGACCCCAAGCAGCUGGUCACCAAUUCCUGUCUUAUCAGGGAGGUUGACAUUUACACAGUGAAGGCGGAGGACCUGACCUUCACCUCACCGUUCUGCCUGCAAGUGAAGAGGAACGACUACAUCCACGCUCUGGUCACCUACUUCAACAUAGAGUUCACUCGCUGCCACAAGAGGAUCGGCUUCUCCACCAGCCCAGAGUCUCCUUACACCCACUGGAAGCAGACAGUUUUUUACUUGGACGACUACCUGACCGUAAAGACCGGAGAAGAAAUCUUCGGCACCUUAAGCAUGAAGCCAAACGUCAAGAACAAUAGGGACCUGGACUUUGCUGUUGAUGUAGACUUCAGGGGUCAGCUGUGUGAGAUGUCAAAGACUUUGGAGUACAAGAUGCGUUAAGGAAGCCCCCUGCACCCCCCUUUGUGUUAGUCUUUAUUAGCAGUAACAGUAUACAGGUUCACUGGGAGGAUGUUCUCUAGUAAAAGCUCCCGUGCAGCAACCUUUUAAAAACAUAAUUUUUCAUAGUAUUAUACAUUUCCACAUCUUUACGUUUCAAGAAAAUUGAUGUGGUGAUUCCUUGUGCAGUAGUCACGCUCUGCCUGGUCCCUGGCCUCAGUGUCCUUCUGGGUUCUGCUUCCAGGUCUUGUAGUUUACACAUGUAAAAUUUGCAUCCAUACAAAUUGCCCAAUUGUUAAUGACGCGUUCCUCAGCAGCCUGCAGAUCUGUUAUAGCGAGACGUUACCGUCCAAAAGCAAAUGGGUGGAAAUCAAGGCCAAAAUAAAGUUUUUCUUUCUCUUGUUUUGUAUUGUUUUUGGCUGCUGCUCUUUUUAACAAAUAAAGUGAAUAAACAGCU